AUGCUGAUUUCGCGCGCGAGAGCUUCUCAAUGUUGGACAGAGGAGGAAGCUUCUCAGCGAUAUAAUAAGGGAAAUGUGGCAGUCAGGCCACAGAAUUCGACUGAACUGCGCAAUCUUUUGCCACCGAAUUGCGACGAGCUUCGGGAUGCGAUGUGUGUGAUUUUUUCGGGCCAAAAACAAAUCCCGUCACGAGAUACUGUCAAAAAAUUGCGGCCUGUGCUCGUCACGAAAAGCAGAGUUCAUAAAUUGAUCAGUUUUUUAAUUAAGAACAAUCCGUGGUAUCAGCGUUGUGGUGUAGCGUAUAGUCAAGAUAAUAUGGAUGCUUUGUUCGAUGAGGUUGAUCUUGACGUGGAUACAAGUGUGCCGCGCGCGCUGGCGAUUUGCCAUUUGCCUUCUGAAAAUCGGGAAUCGACUGACCAAGGAUUCGGUUCUCGUGAUGUCAAUGAUGCUCACGAUGUCAUGGAGUCUGUCGGAUAUACUGAAGGCGAUCAUUCUUUACAAAGCAGAGAAAAGAUGAAACUGCAUGCACUUGCAUAUGUUUUGGACCGAAAACAAUUUCUGUUAUCAUGCACAGGUAGCAAAUUCGUCGCUGAUAACGAUCCCGGCCUUAUGUCUUAUUUGUUCCCUCAUUUGGAUCCUUGGGAUAUCGGCGGUUUCUUUCAUACUGGUCGAACCGAUAAGCAGUACAUAUCUAUGCAACAGCAGGUUAAAAAUCUCCUUCGUCAGGAUGACUCACCUUUUCGAUCUGAUCCUCAUUUUGCUUUUAUAUGUUGGAACAUGAUACAAAAAAGAGAAGUUAGUACAAACACCACAUUUCGGGUUAGCUCAUCCAUGCAGCGAGGCUUAGCUAAAGAAUUGAAGGACGUCGCUCCUUCUUUAACGACAUUAUCUGAUAAGUGGAACAAAUCAGUCAAUCUUAAACCGUCUAGUACAGAAGAGAAAAAAGCUGUUCGAAUUUUGCGACGUUUACAAGCAUCAACAAAAUCAUUGUGCCGUCGCAAUGAAAUUCGGCAAAAGUUGUUGCUAGUCGGCCUGAUGCAGCUGCGAUCGCUUUCGAUUUGCAAGUUCGUGCUUUUAUUGAUAUCAUCUUGA